CGUUUACGCAAGACUCGAACCUGAUCGAGUGGGCGAACAAAAGGAUCUUCGCCGAACCCAUGCCAUCAUGCGCCACACCGUGCGUCCGCAUCGCUUCACCCUGUGCUCACCCUCGCUCUGCUGUGGCUGCUGUUACUGUGUCCUGUUCUUCGCCCUUGGUAUAAGGUACCACCAAGAACUGCUCCGAGAAGUGAUGCAAGCGGCCUCUUCCGCUGUCUUCAGCAGCGCUCCCAGCUCUCCGGCGUUCCUCCGAUUGAGAUCCCACAAGGGGAAUUCUAUCGUCGCGACCGCAGUAGGGAACCCCACCACCGAGUCCAUGGCCGCUAAGUGGGCUCAGAAAUCCGUCGUCAUCCCUCCCCAGAGGCGUGGCUGCCAUCUCAUCACCUCCAAGAUAUUGAAAGAGAUAGAACAAGAUCUAUCAGGCUUCAAAUGUGGCCUUGCUCAUCUUUUUCUGCAGCACACCAGUGCUUCUCUCACCAUAAAUGAGAAUUACGACUCAGAUGUUCAGGAUGACACUGAAACGUUCCUUAGCCGUAUUGUUCCUGAGGGGCGCUCUGCACCUUGGAAGCACACAUUGGAAGGACCUGAUGAUAUGCCAGCACAUAUCAAGUCAUCUAUGUUUGGUUGUAGCCUCACGAUUCCUAUUACGGAUGGCCGUCUUAAUAUGGGGACUUGGCAGGGGAUAUGGCUUUGUGAACAUAGGGAUCAUGCAACUGCUCGCAAGGUUGUCAUUACUCUCAAUGGGAUGUAAAGGUUUGAGGAUCAACUAAUAUGUUGGAACUUUAUUGUCCAGAUGAUGUUGCUUAAAAGACCCCCUUUACAUUGCAAUCAUGUAAUAAGCAGCAGCAAGAUAGCCAAUGCACUUGCAAGUUACAUUAUUUUCUCUACAUGUAGCUGACCAAGCGUUUGCAGUUAUCAUAUUAUUUAUUAUAUUCUGUAAAUUCAAGUUGA